AUGUCGGCUGAAACAAAAUCGAAGUGGAAUUGUAAAAAUUGCAAGUCAGUUAAUACCGGUACAAGUUCGACAACGUCAACGGUCUUAUCAACCACCGAUAAGAUAUCUCAACAAGCUUCGGACGGUAAGAGUAGCAGUGCUUCACUUUCGCUAUCGCUAACCCAAGCUGACCUUGAAGCUAUCGGUAAAAUUGUUAGAGAAAUGAUUCAGGCGGAGCUAUCUCCAAUCAAACAAGAAUUCAGUGAGAUUAAGAAUUCGAUUGAGUUCAUUUCUAACGAAUUUGAUGAUUUCAAAAAUAAACUGUCUGCUUUUGGGAAUAAGGUAGAGGAACUCAAAAAUGAAAAUAAUUUAUUGAAGGGUGAAAAUGUUGAAUUGAAAUCGGAGUUGGCUUCUAUCCAUGAAUAUACGCGUAGAGACAAUUUGAUUAUAUCCGGAAUUCCUGAAACAAAGAAUGAGUCAAUCUACGAGAUUUUCAAUUGUAUAUCAGCUGCGAUUAGUAGCCAGCUAACUUCAAAGGACUUGAGCAUCGCACACAGGCUCCCCAACAACAAUAAAGCUAAAAACAAUAUUAAACCAAUAGUAGUGAAAUUCGUCCGUAGACAGGACAAAGAGUCUUGGCUAGCAGAUUUCAAAAAAAUGACAUACAAGGACAAAUCAAAUUGUGGUCUUCCGACAAGAUCUAUAAAUAAAUCGCUUCCUGAUGGCAAAGUAUUUGCUUAUCAACACUUGCCACCGCUGCCAGCGCCCCUUCUUCAACUACUCCAUCAGGUACGAGGUGUCGCCUUACAAAAGGGCUACAAAUACGUGUGGUCGAAAAAAGGCAAGGUCUUUGUCCGCAAAGACUCCAACCAGCCGGCAAUUAUAAUAAGUUGUAAGGAGGAUUUGAACUCUCUAUAA